AUGGAGGAUCGAUUGAGGAAUAGCGGCUUUUACGCAACGGUGAGGAUGACUCGUAGAGUAAUUCGUUUAGAGUCAGUUGUGUCGGGAGGGAAUGCCAAUGGAGCGGGGAUUGGUGCUAACAGGAAGCUAGGGGAAUUUCAGAGGAACAAUCCUCCGUUGUUCAAAGGCACCUACGAUCCUGAUGGUGCUCAGAAGCGGAUGAAGGAAAUUGAAAGGAUCUUCCGGGUGAUUGAUUGUGCAGAGAACCUAAAGGUGAGAGCUGAACUUGAUGUUGAUGGUGUGGCAAUCACUUGGGCUAUUUUCAGAAGAGAAUUUCUUAGAAAGUACUUUCCUGAAGAUGUUCGGGGCAGGAAAGAGAUUGAAUUCUUAGAGCUGAAGCAGGGUAGUAUGACGGUGCUUGAGUAUGCUUCCAAAUGUGUUGAGCUGGCUAAGUACUAUACUCACUACAACAAUGAUGAGGCUAACGAAUUCUCAAGGUGUAUUAAGUUUGAGAAUGGCCUCCGAGAUGAAAUUAAGCAAGGUAUCAGAUAUCAGAGGAUUCGCAGAUUUGCUGAUUUGGUGGAUUGCAGUCGGAUCUUUGAAGAAGAUAACAUAAAGUUAAAGUCAUCUCACUCCCGCGAGUUGGUUGACAAAAAGGGAAAGAAGCCAAUAGAUAGAGGAAAGACCGUGACUUACUACAACUGCGGCGAAGAGGGUUAUAUUAGCCCACAGUGUCCUAAGCCAAGGAAGAAUCAAGCUGAUGAUACUGGAGCAACUUAUUCGUUUAUUUUUAUGGAUUGUGCUAAAAGAUUGAAUUUCGAAAUAUCUGAUAUAAAUGGAAGUAUGAUUAUUGAAACUCCAGCGUCAGGUUCAACAGUUAUUUUUCCUGAAGAGGUAAGUGUUGAAGACUUGGCGAUGACUGCGAGACAGGUGGAUGCAGCGGUUAAGGACGGGGCAUACGUGUUUAUGUUGUUUGCAUCUAUGGAAUUGAAAGGAAAGGCAGUAGGGAGUGAAUUACCAGUAAUUUACGAAGUCUUCUCACUUUAUACCGAUGCAAAUGGAUUACUCAAUGAAGAAAUUAGCUCAGUUGUAUAUUAG